AGAGUGCUCAAGCGCCGGGCGCCCGGGCCUGGGGGUGCACGAACGCCGAGCGUGCGGCUGGACAGCAAGAUGCCUGGUGAACAACAGGCAGAGGAAGAGGAGGAGGAAGAGAUGCAGGAAGAGAUGGUGCUGCUGGUGAAGGGUGAGGAGGGUGAGGGCGAGGAGAAGUAUGAGGUGGUGAAACUCAAGAUCCCCAUGGACAACAAGGAGGUCCCGGGCGAGGCGCCCGCGCCGUCCGCCGACCCGACACGACCACACGCGUGCCCGGACUGCGGCCGCGCCUUCGCGCGCCGCUCUACGCUGGCCAAGCACGCACGCAUCCAUACGGGCGAGCGGCCCUUCGGGUGUACCGAGUGCGGCCGUCGCUUCUCGCAGAAGUCGGCGCUGACUAAACACAGCCGCACACACACGGGCGAGCGGCCCUACGAGUGCCCCGAGUGCGACAAGCGCUUUUCGGCGGCCUCGAACCUGCGGCAGCACCGGCGGCGCCACACUGGCGAGAAGCCGUACGCAUGCGCGCAUUGCGGGCGUCGCUUCGCGCAGAGCUCCAAUUACGCUCAGCAUCUGCGCGUGCACACGGGCGAGAAGCCGUACGCGUGCCCGGACUGCGGGCGCGCCUUCGGCGGCAGUUCGUGCCUGGCGCGUCACCGACGCACGCACACGGGCGAGCGGCCGUACGAAUGCGCCGACUGUGGCACGCGCUUUGCGCAGAGCUCGGCGCUGGCCAAGCACAAGCGGGUGCACACGGGCGAGAAGCCGCACCGCUGCGCUGUUUGCGGCCGCGGCUUCGGCCACCGUUCAAACCUGGCGGAGCAUGCGCGCACGCACACUGGCGAGCGGCCCUACCCGUGCUCUGAGUGCGGCCGCCGUUUCCGCCUGAGCUCGCACUUCAUCCGGCAUCGGCGCGCGCACAUGCGUCGCCGCCUGUAUAUCUGCGCCGGAUGCGGCCGGGACUUCAAGCUACCCGCUGGCGCUACGGCUGGUACUGCCACAGAGCGCUGUCCCAAGUGCGAGAGCAGCUGAGCCGCUGUUCCUGUUAAGCAGGGCUGCGAGCGUCCGGCUGGGAAGGGGCACGAUGGAGCCCGACUAGGAGGCUGCAUUAACUUGGACAGUCCUAGGGAGGGGCCUGGCUGCCCUGGAACUGAGAGAGGGAGAAUCCCUGACGGGCCCCCGGGAACUGCCCAUCUCCCCCUCACUACAUUCCCUCGGCCGUGUUAGUGAAUAAAGUAUUAUAUCGUCACCCCACCCGUGCCUGUGAGUGAGGUUGGGUGGGGAGAAAAGGAGGCAGGUUGGCCUUUUCCCCAGGCUUAGGGGACUUAAGUGAGUUGUUAUGGAGGCCAAAAGGAUUUCUGGGGGUGGGGGGGUCAUCCCACACUUGGCCCUUGGUUAUGAAGUUAUAACUUGAGACCCUGACGGGCCCAUAAAUACCGCACGAAUAUGAUUAAACAGGCACGGCCUUCUGCGAGGCUUGAACCUUACUGAGCUGCCUAUGAUCGUGACACAAUAGUUGAAACUUUAUAGAACUAUAUUAAAGGCUUUAAGCGCUUCAUUAUGUAAAUAUACUUGCUCAUCUUCAUCCUCAAAACAUCCCAAGUUAGGUAUAUCUUUUAUCUCCAUUUUCACAAACAUGAAUGGCAGAGCAGGGACAAGUAAAGGGGCAACUGCAGUCGAGUGCAUUGGAGCUAUGAU